AUGGCUAGCGGAAUUCCUCAGGCAAAUCUGCCCGUGCAGGCCGAACCGCAAUCUCACAACACAACAUUGAAUAAUCAGUCAACAAAUUCUAAGACUAAGGAUGUUGAAAAACAAAGUACAAACGAGAUCGAGGAGUCCACGGUCAAGCAAUCAGCCUUCAAAGGGCUUGGCUGGCUAGAUCGUUUUUUGGCCGUAUGGAUCUUUCUGGCCAUGGCAAUCGGAAUCAUACUGGGAAAUUUUGUGGAAAAUACGGGACCUGCCCUUCAGAAGGGACAAUUCGUCGGGGUUUCUAUUCCGAUUGCUAUCGGUCUCUUGGUCAUGAUGUAUCCUAUUCUUUGCAAAGUGCGAUAUGAAUCUUUACACCACGUCUUCCGAGAGCGUGAUAUUUGGAUCCAGAUUGCAUUUAGUAUCUUUGUUAAUUGGAUUAUUGCGCCUUUCCUAAUGCUCGCACUGGCAUGGGCUUUCCUACCAGAUGAACCGGAGCUUCGAGAAGGGUUGAUUUUAGUUGGAUUGGCCAGAUGUAUUGCUAUGGUUCUCAUAUGGACCGGUCUUGCUGGUGGCGACAGUGAAUACUGCGCUAUUCUUGUUGCGGUUAACUCACUGCUGCAAAUGGUGCUCUUUGCCCCCUUAGCCAUUUUCUUCAUAAAGGUCAUCAGUCACUCUGGCAGCCAAGUUGCACUUUCUUACUCCACUGCUGCCAAAAGCGUGGCUGUUUUCCUUGGUAUCCCUCUUGGUGCUGCAAUUAUCACGCGCAUUACUCUUCGAAAGAUCACCAGCCCACGUUGGUACGACCAGGUUUUCCUGAAGUGGGCUAGCCCAUGGUCACUUCUGGGGCUCCUCUUCACGAUCCUCGUAUUAUUCGCAUCCCAGGGCCGGCACGUGGUGCAUCAAAUUGUAUCGGUGGUGCGAGUCGCCGCUCCGCUUAUUGUUUAUUUCAUCAUUGUCUUCUUUUUCACCCUUCUGGUGACCUACAAGCUCGGAUUUGGUUACAAGUUAGCAGCCACUCAAAGUCUCACCGCUGCCAGCAAUAAUUUCGAGCUUGCGAUCGCUGUCGCAGUCGCAACGUUUGGCGCCAACAGCAACCAAGCGCUUGCCUCCACUGUCGGGCCAUUGAUUGAGGUCCCUGUACUGCUUGGCCUUGUCUAUGUUGUCAAAUUCAUAGCCAAACGAGUUGGCUGGAAGGAUUAA